AUGGCCUUGCUUUAUCAACCAGUGAUGCAAUUAAGUGGCAUACUGGUCUCUCUGUUGGGAUGGGUCCUGUCCUGUCUCACCACUUAUUUACCCCAGUGGAAAAAUCUUAACUUGGACCUGAAUGAACUGGAGAUCUGGACCAUGGGACUCUGGCAAGCUUGUGUUGUCCAGGAAGAAGGGGGUAUGCAGUGCAAGGACUUUGAUUCUUUCCUAGCUUUGCCUCCAGAGCUCCGGAUUUCUAGGAUUUUGAUGGUUUUUUCCAAUGGAUCGGGGCUUUUUGGCCUCUUGCUCUCAGGAUUUGGGUUGGACUGUUUGAAAAUUGGUGAAAGACAACAGGGACAAAAGAAACGGCUGUUGCUGUUUGGAGGAAUGCUCUUCUGGAUAUCGGGGAUUACAGCUAUUGUCCCGGUUUCUUGGGUUGCCCAUUCCACAGUCCAGGAAUUUUGGGAUGAGAAUAUACCAGAUAUUGUUCCCAGGUGGGAUUUUGGGGAAGCAUUAUUUGUUGGCUGGCUUGCUGGGUUUUGUCUUAUCUUAGGAGGAUCCCUACUUAAUUGCACAAUCUGUUCAACUGAAGUCCAUCCGUCUUCGGUCCAUUACACAGUAGCAGAGCAGCAAGAUCAGUGUCAACACUUGGAAACUGAAACUAGGCCUUAA